ACAUGGAGAAGAAGGUUGUGUUUGUUUUAUUUGCUCUGCUCCUCGGUGGCACAGCCAAAGGUCAAAGGAUACUCGAUCGUUGUACCUUGGCUAUUGAAAUGGAUCGACUAGGUGUACCGCGACAGGAUUUAGCAGCCUGGGUUUUUAUUGCAGACAUUCUGAGUAGCUAUCAAACUCACGCAAUUAGUCCAACAAAUGCCGAUGGCACCCGAAACUAUGGUUUAUUUCAAUUGAGUAAUAAGUAUUGGUGCAAAUCGACGGACAUUUUCUCAUCAAAUCACUGCAAAAUCAGCUGUGAUAGUCUAUUGACGGACAACAUUAAAGCAAAUGUGGAUUGUGCUGUGCUAGUGAAGAAUAUGGAAGGUUGGAGACCAUGGCAAGCGGCUUAUGACAAAUUCGCAUCACUAGAGCCGAAAAAGACGAGUGUUGAAGACUGCUUUGAAGUGAGAAUGACCAAUGACACCAUAAGAGCUACUUCCAGAAUGACUUUAACUGAACAAAGAGAUUGCUUAAAUUUUGUCGACUACAAGCCUGAGUUUGAGUUUUGAUGAGUUAGCGCAAAGAAAGAAGAAAUAACCCUUCGUUAUCAUUGUCUGAUCAUCUCUCAAACUGCAAUUUGUUUGUAUUCGCAGUAUAACAAGAAUAGUAUGUGUAAUAAUAUUUUUGUUCUAGACAUUUUCUCACUUGUCACAGAUUUUAAAUAAAUA